ACUCAUAAUUAUAAAUCGCGUUCAACAAAUAAGAAUACUCUCCCAAUAGUCACGCCUCACUUUUAUUCUACUAAUAAUAAGAAAUCACCAGCACCCGGUUCUGUAGGGAGAGAAUUCUCUUAGUUUAGCUCUAAGAUAACUACAUUAACCGAUUACAGCAGCAAAGGAACUCCCAUGGCUCCUGUGGCACCCAGAUCCGGAGACGCCAUUUUCGCCAAUGUUGAACGAGUGAACGCAGAGCUUUUCACUCUAACAUACGGAGCAAUCGUGCGCCAACUGCUGACUGAUCUAGAGGAGGUUGAGGAAGUCAACAAACAGCUUGAUCAAAUGGGUUAUAAUAUAGGAAUUAGGCUGAUUGACGAGUUUCUAGCAAAGACUAAUAUUUCAAGGUGUGUUGAUUUCAAGGAGACUGCUGAAGUCAUUGCCAAGGUUGGUCUCAAAAUGUUCCUAGGAGUAACUGCAUCAGUGACAAAUUGGGAUGUUGAGGGAACAACGUGCAGUCUAAUUUUGGAGGACAACCCCUUGGUAGACUUCGUUGAGCUCCCUGAUACCUGUCAAGGUCUAUAUUAUUGUAACAUCUUAAGUGGAGUAGUCAGGGGAGCAUUGGAGAUGGUAUCAAUGAAAACAGAGGUCACGUGGCUGCGUGAUAUGCUUAGAGGGGAUGAUGCAUUUGAGUUGCAGCUGAAGCUUCUGAAGCAAGUUCCUGAGGAGUACCCUUACAAGGAUGACGAGUAACAUGCUUUUUUGAUGCUCGAUAUUAUGCACAUGCAAUAUAAGAAGAUUCCAUUCCGGGCAUAUGUUAAAAGUAUUUUUUGUUGCUUUAGUGUCUCUUAUAAAUUUUCCAUUGCGGUAAAACAACUUAUUUAAGUAAAAUCUCCAACUUUGGCUUGGUUCAUCUAAGGUUCUUGCCAUAUUCCUCUUAUGCCUGUUAACGGGUUAAAUAGUUGUAUUGUCAUCUCCAUUCAUCUCCCAAACGUGUACAUGGAUGUGAAUGUCUUAGUUUGAACGUUUAUUGUG